UUAUAUAACGUGCCAUAUUAUCGAUUGAUUUGAGUAUGUUAAUUAUAUAUUGGGACGGGAAGGAAAAGUGACACCCCUGGGUGUUGUGGCUGAUAGUCGGAUAUUUGUUGUUCCUCUGCCGCCUAACUCUGGGCGCCGACGUGGAGGGGCUCAGCCACGAAAAGUGACUUCGUCGUCAUCCAACGGAGGGAAUUCAAACCAAGGCCUAACACCACAUGCUGCUCUGUUAAACGCUCUCAACCACAUAAACAAAUACGCCUCUAACGCAUGAAAGACAUAUAACAAGAACCUCACAACCUUAGAUCACAGCGUUAAGUAACAUCCGCCAAUAUGUCGUGGGCAGGAUUCAAGAAGAAUGUCAAUCGGGCGACCACCCAGGUCAUGAUGAAGACUGGUCACGUCGAGAAAACAAACGACCGCGAUUAUGAAGUGGAAGAGAGACGAUACCGCACAAUGGAAGCCGCAUCACUGCGAUUGCAAAAGGAAGCAAAGGGAUAUUUAGACUCGCUACGAGCUAUGACGAGAUCCCAGAUGGCGAUUGCGGAGACGAUCGACGCAUUCUACGGCGAUUCAGGCGCAAACGAUGGAGUGAGCAGAAGUUACAAGCAAGCAGUGGCAGAUUUAGACGCGGAGACGAUCAAAGCUUUAGACGGACCAUAUCGAACUACUGUUCUCGAGCCGAUUUCCAGGUUCUGCGCCUACUUCCCCGACAUCAACGAAUGCAUCAAGAAGCGCAACCACAAGCUCCUCGACUACGACGCGAUGCGCGCCAAAGUCAAGAAGCUCGUCGAGAAGCCCGACAAAGACGCCUCGAAGCUCCCCCGCGCCGAAAAGGAAGCCGACAUGGCCAAAGUCGCCUACGAGCAGCUCAACGAACAGCUCUUCACCGAGCUCCCCCAGCUCAUCGACCUGCGCGUCCCCUACCUCGACCCCUCCUUCGAAGCCCUGGUCAAGAUCCAGCUGCGCUUCUGCGCAGAGGCGUACUCGCGCAUGGCGCAGGUACAGCAGUAUCUUGAUGCUGAGACGAGGGAUCAGUAUGCGGAGGGCCACUUGGAUACGAGGGUUGAGCAGGUGUUGCAGGAGAUUAGGGAGUUGAGUAUUAGCGGGACUGUUUGAGCGGGUUGGGUGGGGGAGCGUGUAUAUGGAUGGAUGGGUUGGCGUUGGGGCGUGGGCGAUGCUUUUAUAUACUUAAAAUUGGACCUGGCGGAGAGCCGGUGUGGAUGUAAUCCCUGUUCGACUGACUUGUGGUUCGGGCCUCAGAUAUGGUGGUUUACUUAUGUAACUGCUCCGGGGGUGAGAAUCAAUGAGAUCUAUUCUUUGGGUAUCAUCUUCGCUGUUGUCAACGUGACAGUACAGCAGCUAUUCCUACAUCCGCUCCCUCGCUAUAAUCAUACAAUGUGACAACAUCCGCUCUCCAUCCCACCAAGGUAUCACAAUCGUCCCC